AAGUGCUUGAAACAGACCAUGACUCGUUGGAUAUGCAUUGAAUGCCGAUGUUGUUGCGGUCGGCAGCUCGCAGAUCAUCGCCGUUCGCGGUUAUUGAAGAAAACCAACCAACUCUUCGCGUCCUUGGCGUUUGGCGUAAGCGCUAAGGGAGUGACAAGGCGGCGUCGUCCAACGAUGGCACUUAUCCCACAGCCAACAUCUUUGACGCAAGCAGUGCUGACGUGUGGUCACUAGAGCCCGUUGAAAUUCCGUGGUCAGCUUCCACCGUCCGGUUCACGCUGCAAAAAGACCGCAGGGGUGUGACCGCAGGGGUCUGACAGCAGCUGCUGUCAAGGCUUGUUGGCCUUGAUCUCUCAUGUUCUACAACGAGCAGUCCUAGUCGGAAGACCCCACUCUCUUCUAGAUAUAAAGGAAGCGCAAUCGCACCAUCUAUCAAUACUCUUUUCACCAAACGACACUCCUACACAUCAUUUGAGCAUUCACUUAUCACACCAUGAAGUUCUCCGUCCCCACUAUUGCAACUCUGGUCGCGGCGGCCUCAGCGAUUCCAUACACUCCUCCAACCGACCAGCCGGAUGGCGUCUACAGUGUCAGCUUCGAUGGAGCGGGGCAGCCCGUCACGCGACGCCUGGCCGAUCCUGACGUGACGGCUCCUGAGCUCCAGACCCGUGAUUUGCCGGGAGCUCCUGUCUGUACCGGUCGGGACAUCCCCCAAGAUGGGACCUACCGACAUGUCCAGGACUGUCUCGGCAACUGGCUCAACUCAUAUUCAGGCCAAUUUAAUACCUUGGACGUGGGGGGCGAUUCCCUAGGGCAAAUUUUAUACUGUCACUACGGUGAUUCCUUGUUGGCUCUUUGCACCUACAAUAGUGAUCCCUCCUUUUCAAAGGCAAAAGUAUACGGCAGCUACGACGAGAUCAACCAGUUCAACGUCCAGAUGGACAACACCUGUGGAGCAUGGAAGUCGGGUUAUAUCUUCAUCAAGGACUGGAACAAGACUUACUGGCGCACGACCUGGGGCGAGGAGGUCUGCGGCAAUAUCGGCGACGAAUACGCAAAGCAGGUCUACUAGAUGGCGCAACGCGUCGGCUGCCUCGCGCAGGCUCGACUGGGGAUCCUCGUCACUCGUGUGAGGGUCGUAGUACCAUUCGCGUCUGCUCCGACUGUACUUCGGAUUGACUAAGGCAUCGGCGAGCUGUAAGCUGAUGUGCUCGCUCAAGAUUGAUUGGAUUUCGAUUCGGGACACAAUUCCGAGUCUUGCUUGUAUGAAAGCUCCAUGUUCAUUAUCAAUGGUUGUUUGAACUGGGCGAUCCUUUGGUAGCGCAGAAUGGCGGAUUUGUCGAGAGCGCAAGACGCAUUCAUAGUCGAACCAAUAAGGGAUGUUGCCCCACUAGUUCCAAGCGU